GGAGCAGACGGUCUCUGUGGUUCAAAACUACACCUAUGAUGACGGUUGUGAACCGUGCGGCACCGACACCUUCAGCAGGGAACCCUUCGUCGUCAUGUUCAGCUCCAACUACCCUGCCGUCAGGACCUUCGUCCUCGUCCCACAGCACACGUCUCCAGACUCUGCGGUGGAGGAAGUGGACGCUCUCUAUGAUGUGGUGAAGGACGUCCGCCAGCGCUGGAAAACCAACGACAUUGUGCCUGGGGACUUCAACACUGGCUGUAAUUACGUCUCGGGCUCAGACUGGGACAGGAUCCGCCUCUUCACAGACCAGAGCUUCCAUUGGCUGAUCAGCAAUGAGGCCGACACCACCGUCUCACACACCGAGUGUGCUUACGACAGGAUCGUGGUCACUGCUGACAUGUUGAAGGGGGUGGAGCCUGGUUCUGCUCAGGUCUACAACUACAUGACGGACCUGAAGCUCAGCCACCAGCUGGCUUUGGCUGUGAGCGACCACUUCCCAGUGGAGGUGAAGCUGAUUGGUCGACCUCCAUCUGUCUGAGUCACUUCAGACCUUCAGCUGUGACGAA